GUGAUUAUACUCUUGAUCAAGUCGUUCAACCCGUAUCAUACUCAGGAAAAGUCAUUGACUUAAAUUUUUUAGCUCUUGUUAGCUUUCUCCAUCAGAAAUUUACUUUCAAUUGAACACUUUCAUUGUGACAGCCUCCAAAAGAUUUUUUGUGCUCAUGAGAAUCAACUGGAUGAAUACCUUCCCCUAGGACUUCGGUACUUAUGCCUGAAAAAUGAAAAAGAAAAGUGGCAGUUGCUCAAAUUUUGGAUUGUCUGGUGAAUUCAUCAAUUAGCUAAUAAAAAUGGGGAGCACCUCCUCUAAGUUUAAAAAAUAUCUUACAAAUGGAGAUGAAUUUGCAGCAAUGCAGAUUUAUCAGAGCUCUCCAGAACUGCGAAAAAAUUUAGACCCAAAUCUCAGUUACGGUGACAGUCAUUUACAUAACACACCGUUGCACUAUGCCUCAAAACAUGGAAUGAAACAUUUACUGAGAACGUUUCUGAACGAUUUAAAUGGGAAUCCGAACAAAAAGAACGGGAACAAUGAAACGGCCCUUCAUUGCGCUUGUCAGCUUGGGGCACACAAAACGUUUUCUUCCCAAGAGAGGAGAGCUGCUUGUGUCACCCUCCUUCUGCAAUGGAGAGGUGUGCAAAUUGAUGGUACGAAUGAAAAAGAAAAAGUCGAAAUAACUGCUCAAGAUAAUAAUGGAAACACAGCCUUACAUACAGCAGCUGCCUCAGGAUUGGAACGUUGUGUAGAGCUUUUAUUGAAUUAUGGAGCACCCAUUUUUAGCGAGAACAAAGAUAGAUUAACUCCCUGUGAUGUAGCGAUGGAAGCUGAGCAUCAUCAUAUUGCCCGGUUCCUCGAAUCAAGGAUGGUGUUCGCAGAUAACAAUGAUACAAUCAACGAGGAUGAACUUUAUGUCGGCGAGGAAGAAGAAGUUUAUUCUGGAUUAAGAACACAGGAUUUGCAAGAGGCAAAAGAUUUAUUGUCAGUAGAGACAGCUGAUAUGUUGAACAUCCCUCUGUUUACUGCUGAAGCCUUGCUCAGAGAUAAUGAAUGGUCUCGACAAGCAUUGUUGGAGAAGUGGAUGCAAAACCCUGUCGAAUGUUGUGAACAAGCCGGCGUAGAAGCACCCGUUUCAGCUUGGCAGCAGUUUUCUGGCAGCAGCAGUGAAUUGAUAUUUGAAGGAAAGUCAUUGGAGCAAGUGACACAAAAAGUUGGCCAGUGGCAGCAACCUCCUCAUCCAUUUGAAACAGCUCCGACAUGCUCCGAUUCCGAAAGCCAACAGUGUGAUAUUUGCCUCCUCUUCUACUCUGAUGAUCAAAUACCUCCAGGAACUAGUUGUAAUCACAAAUUCUGUCACUCAUGUUGGAGUCAGUAUUUAACAUCAAAAAUUCAAGAUGGCAAUGCUCAUAGCAUUCUUUGCCCUGCAUUUAACUGUCACAUCCUAAUAGCUCCUGAUUUCAUAGAUAAAAUUCUUCCUGCUGAACUGACAAAAAAAUAUCUUCAUUUUGAUAUCAAGGCAUUUGUGGAAAGUAAUCCAACCAUCAAGUGGUGUCCUAUGGCUGGUUGUGGGCGUGCAGUCAGACUCCCGGAAACGGAGUAUUUUCAGCUCAAACAACCAAAGAAAACCUCGCAUGCAGUUGACUGUGGAAAUGGGCAUUUCUUUUGCUGGGAUUGUUUGGGCGAAGCACACGCCCCCAGUGAGUGCAGUCAAUGGAAACGGUGGCAGGAAAAAAUCGCUGAGAUCAAGCCAGAAAGACUCCAAACCUACUGCAACGAAAGUGAAGAUGCUGCAAAUUGCCUUUGGCUUGUAACCAAUUCAAAACCCUGCCCAAACUGCAAAUCACCCAUCCAAAAGAAUGAAGGAUGUAAUCAUAUAAAAUGUUACAAGUGCAAGCAUGACUUUUGUUGGGUUUGCCAAGAAAGUUGGAAAAAACAUAGCUCAGCAACCGGUGGAUACUUUAGGUGUAAUAGAUUUGAGGCUAUGAGCAAGGCAGAAGAAAAGCAAGAUGUCCUAAUCACGGAGGCCAUUGUUCGGAGCCAACAGACUAUGGAACAGACAAUGGAAUCCAAUAGAUUUAUACAUUAUUAUACUCGCUUCAGAAAUCACGAGAACAGUCGACAUUUGGAAGAACCAUUUUUAGCAGCUGCUCAGAAAAAGAUGGCAACUCUUGCUGCUAACUUCAGGAAUGAAAUAGAUGCAAGCACCACCAAAUUUGUGGAGGAUGCCAUCCGGGAAUUGUUAAAAGCUAGGCAUGUACUCUGCGGAUCAUAUGUGUAUGGGUAUUACCUGGAGGACACAGGCUACAAGAAAACAAUUUUUGAAUUGAUGCAGAAUGAAUUAGAAGAAGUUACCGAGCGACUUUCUGGCCUUGUUGCUCGACCGUAUUUACGAACACCAAGAGCAGCAAUUGUUCAGACUGCUAGUCUGGCCAGACAGAAACGACAUGAAUUCACCCGAGCUGUCAGUAAAGGUCUCAUUCCGCCCGAUAUCAGUCCGCCAGCCACUCAUAAGCGAAGGAAACAUCGUCUCGUCACUGUCAGUUCCGGCUUGAAUGUUGAUGAGCUCAAGGAGUCAUUAAGAGAACUCAAGUCAAAGAAGAGCUGGCUUAGAGAAAUGAGUGGAGCCCACAAUGAUCUCACUAUCUACCAUUUCCUUGAAGACUCGGAAGAAGAAGAGGAACAAACUUCAAUAGAUGCUGUCCAAAAGAAAUGCAAGUGGAUUGGCUGUCAGCAAGUACUCUCUGCCAAUCAUCAAUCUGCAAAUUUUUCUGAUUAUUGCAGUCUCGUUUGUGCUCAAUAUGAUACCAAUGGCAGUUCUUUGAUUAAGAAUGGCAGAGCAAAGUAUAACAUGGAUAUGAUGAUAGCAAUUGAAAUGUCGCACCUUCAGAUGAUAGAGGAUCAAAUGAAACAGAAAAAACUUGAGCAAUCAGCAGGAAAUGAUGAUGUUUCUCUGAAUAAUAAAAGUGCUGUAGUUGACAAUCGGGAGACAAAUGAUUCGCAGAUAGUGACAGGUAGCACCUCAUGUGGGGAGAACGAUAAGAAACUAGAUAAUCAUCUUGUUGCUGUUUAUGAGAAAACAGCUGAGGAUCUCACCGUGGAUUACUUUCUGAAAAGUCUAGCAAACACUGCUGUUGAUAUCAAGAAUCAGAGUGAGAGAAAACAGAACAAUGGUUGUCAUCCAGAUUUCUCUUACCCGCUGUCUUCAGUUUGGCCGAGCAAAGGGAACGAUAAACAAUCAUGUUCUUGGAAGAUACCAAAUUUAGCAGAGGACGGUCGGUUUAAAAUUGGUGACAUUCAUGAAACUGGACUUUAUAACGACUCCGAGGACUUUCCCGAUAGUUUUGAUCCAUGCAUCUUGAAACGGUCCCAUUCCACAGGGGAUCUCAUUUUCAGACGAGGUCGACUAAUGAUCAAUGGUGACAAAGAAUCUUGCUAUCAUUUAGACUCGGACCACUCAAGUCAUGAUGAACGUCCAGAAGAUGAAGUGCGGAGAUUACUCAUUUCUUCCCGUGCAGCUCGUCACACACAUGCAGUUUGUGGAGCUCAGACAUCGCUUGAGGAUACAACUACCUCAGACUCUUUCAAUGCUGAUUUUGAGGUCUGUGAUAUUUUAGGCACAAGCUUGGAGGAGCAAGCAGAGAAGCUUAAAUCUUCCGUAACAGAGGAUUCUCUCAGUCAAGUGAGUCAGCUGUCCUCAUCUUCAAGCGUACCGAGGCGACUUGGGACCAUUGGCAAGAUUUCAGCUGUGGACAUAAACGAUCAAAACUUGAACCAAAGUGACAUAGCUUGUCCACCAGCUGCCAGUAAUCCCUCAAAAGCUGAGAAAACUUUUAGCAGCUUUAAACAGAAUCAAUCGCUAGAAUCGAAUACGAGUCACACAGAUAGUGAGAAUAUUCACAACGCAUUUGAGGAUUGGAUUGGCACCCAAAAUCUGUAUGUACACAAGAGUUUAAAGAACAAGCGGCAAAUAAGCUUAUCAACUGAAAGCAUUUCAAUCACUGUUCCAGAGCCAAGAGUCCAUUUUUAUCAUAAAAGGGACAGAAGUUUGAAGAUAAAUACUGCGAAAAUCAAAUCAGUUGGUAAAUCUACAAGUAGCGAAUCGGAAGUUGUCGAGAAGCCCAACGAACGGGACUCCGUAACGACCGAAAAAUCAAGCAGACUUGCAAAUGCAAGUGCAUCAGAGAAGAUAGUACUUCAGCUGGGUUCGAAUAGUGUAGACUACGAAUCUGAAACUGGUAUUCCUAAAUCACCAACUCUAUUUAUCAGUGGUGUUUCGAUAAGUCGAACUCCUGAACCGAAAUCUCCGGCCUUGUCGAGUGGUCGUCAGUUACGAUCUUCCAGUCUCUCAGUCCCUCCCUUGUCAUCCCCUCUCUCAUCAACACCCUUGUCCUCGUCAGCAAUAUUUCUAGAUUCGUCCAGCUGCACCACCAGUGCAACGCCCCGUCAGAAAAUCUCGGAUCUUAGCUUUGGUGAUACCUCCUUGAAAUUAUCAGCGCAACAGUGUGACAAGAAGCAUAGAAGUUCAAGUCCACUCACUCCGAGUAAGUCGCCGAAGAAGUACAGCGAAAAGAAGUCAAAAUCAGCCAAUGAACCUGAGAGGGAUAGGGAAAAGUUUCAUUUCAUGAAAUCGUCAACUGACGGAGCUUUAAGCUCUGUACUGCAUAUUCAGGAGAGUAAUCUGAGCUCUGAUGAUUUUCACGAAGCUCUUUUCUUGCUCGAGCGUUCGCCGAAAUUAGCCGACUCAAAACGAAGCAAGAAAAGCAAGAAAAAUCGGCAAAAAGAUAAGGAAAAUUCAACCAGCGCAAGCUAGGUAUCAAGCCGAAACUAAGGUCUGCAACUGACCUAUCAACGCCUACUGAGCAGAGGCCUACAAGUAGAAUUUAUGUCAAUCAUUUUCUAUCAUUUUUGAAGUGUUCCAUUUGUAUACAUCAUUCUAGAAGUCUGGCUGACGUAAAUUAAUAACUCAGAGAUGAGAUUUUUUUAGUUAUUGUUACGAAUCCGCAGACUCGGAUUUGAAUUACAUUUUACUAUUCGGAAACACUGUUUUUGUCUAAUAUGUAGAAGCACCUAUCUGCAGAGGGAAACUGAUGGAACUUUUAUCGUUUCUCGAAUGAGCCAGCAAUAGUAAAUUCCUUUUUUCAAAAUGUUGUCAGUUUGGACUUCACCAAGCAGUCUAAGUCGAUUAAAGUCUAUCUAAGUCGGAUGGUAUAAAUCGAGAGAGGUUAAACAAAUAUUGAAUCAUCUUAAUCGAGCCGUGUUGGUGUAACAGUUCAAAGUGUGAUUCUAUCACCAGUUGUCCUUUUAACUGUUUUUCCAAUUGUCUUGUACAUUUUCUUCCUUGGUGCUUUCUAUGUCGAUGGUGCACGAAAUACAGAAGGAUUUAGCAGUCUGUAUUUCAGGAACUCUGAACUGUCGUGAAAUUCAAUUUUAAUGUUAUUCAUUUCUGAUGAUUUAAUUCUCUUUUUUAACUCUAAUGAGUGUCUUUAAUUGAUGUUGUUAUUAUUAAUGCCUUUUUGGAAUAUCAAUGGGUUCAACCUCUGAUCACAAGUAUUAAACAUAUUAUCUCUCCGUUGUGAUCAUGCAAAGCCAGCUUUUAAUUUUUUGGCUAUUUUCAUAAUAGUUAGAAUACAUACUUCACUGUGUCAAUCAAUUACUACUGCCAACAUUUUUAUACAAUUUUUGGAAAAUGGUCGUAAUUAUUUUACAGUAUUAAGAAUUUAUUCUUGUGCAUAAGAUCUCAUUCGAUACUUGUUAUUCUGUAAUCUAACUAGUACUAUAAAUUUUAUCUUACUCACUGGAAGCUCUCAGCGUUUUUCACUAUGAAACUGCAGGUACAUGUUUAUGCCAAACUGGAAUGUGCAGCCAGCCAUGUAAACUUGCACGGACAGAAUUACACUUGUUGGAGUGAUGUAAAACAGUGCAUUUAUACCUGCAAACUUCAAAUCCUUUGUUUCGCACUCAUGACUGUUGUCCACUGUUUCAAAAUGACGUUAGUAAUGCGAUUAUUCCUUUCAGCUCAAAUUUGUAAAUACUCUUACUGCCAUUCAAAUUGGUGCAUGAGGUUAUGCAAUUCAAUUUACAGAUUUUUUCCUGUAGUCUUGUGAAAGGAAAUAUGUUUUCUCCGUACUUGUUAAGUGCAUUUACACCUAUGCAUUUUUCUGUAUCAAACGUUGAAUCAUAUGAUCAGCUAAAGCAUGAGGUCACUUAUUCUCACCAGCUCCUAAUGUUUUACUCGCAUCAUGUAGUUAGUUUUUGAAAGGGCCUCAAUCAUCCAAGGGACAGCUUCGUUUGUUGAAACUUCUUGAUUCUUCAUAAGAUGACCUUAAAUAAAAAAUUGUCUGGUUUGCAGUAAACUUGGAUUACUUACAAGCCCUGAUACUUGAUUCUCUUAUGUGGAAAAAUUUCAGAGUGUUAGUGGGAGUAUUUAGCAGAUAAUGUUGUUUUGUAUCUGUCAUGUUUAUGCUCGUCUCAGAGACUUAAAAUCAGAAUCAACCUAUGUUUCAGUUGAAUCGGUCAUUCUCAUACAGACUUAAUUGGCAGGAAUGAAAGUACAAGGAAAACAGUAAUAACCGUUUUAAUUAAUCAGUUCUAAAUUUUACAGCUCUAAAAUAUCAAAACGAUGAAUUAAUCAAUCACAUUAUUAUUUUAUCUAUAAUCUAAAACGGGUUGAUAUUUACAAAUUUCCUAUUUUUAUUGUAUUUUUAUUUCUGGCACCCAAGUCUUUUUGAGAAUGGACAUUUCAAUCGUGUUCCUGCAAACGUCAUGGAGUGACUUGUUUGGACCAUUAUUUUUACUUUUCUAGAAAGAGAGCACAUUCAUCAUUUGAUUUGGUGUCAAGCGGUUGAUCAAAGAUGAUCAAGAUGUGUGAAUGCACUUAACAAUCCCUAGCUCUAAUGACCUCACAAAACCCUAAGCAUGAGCUGCGUUCGUGUUUUUGGGCAUGAUUUGUAACCGGACAACAUUUUGCAAUGCAGAACUGCAAUUUCUGUCUCAGUCUAGGUAUAGCAUAUGUAUUAUUAGUUUCCCUGUGGACAUAUGUGUUUUUACGGAUGAGUCAGAAAUUGUUAUUCCUUCUUGCAAAGUGUAGUCCGACUAUACCAUUCACGUUCUGCGUGAAGGCUCUCAAAAUGCAUGAUCUAGAAUUUUUUAUCCAUAAUACCCUUUUUCAGCGAUGUAUAUUGAUUACCUUUUUUGUAUCCUUUUCUUGUGUUUAACUUUUUCUAUAACUUUAUUGUAUGAAAGAAGCAAAUGUCUUUCUCCGUUUAGAUUAAGAUCAACUGAGACUGUGCUUACACCAUUGAUUUUGAAAAAUCUUAAUUAGGUACUGAAGAACCUUGAGAGAUCGUUUUUCUACCACCAUCUUCUGUAUAACUUUUGCUGGUAAGAUGAAUGAUCAUGCGGAAGUAGAUCAUUUAUCAGUCAAGUUGGAGGAUUCCGCAACAAUCAAGAAUUUUUAAAACUUACCCUAACAAAGUCCCGUUCAAAUUUUUUUAAGUGUGUGAAGUUUUUCUAUUCCUUCCUAAAGAUAACCAGAAUUUAAAGUUAGAUAACAAAUUCGAAUUUUUGUCUUUAACUACACAUCUUUAGUAUUAUAAAAUUGAGUCUAAUGGUGCUGUAUGAUACUUUUAAGAAUUCGAAUAAAACAUUCGAUGGCUACCAGAAUACGAAAUCACGUAGCUCCGUUUGCGACUUUUCAGACCUCCUCUCACACUUAUUUUUUUUUAGGAGGCUAGUGAAUGUAAUUCCUUGAAAACUUUCUUGAUUUUUCCCUCUCUGUCAUCAGAAUUUCAAGCUAUGAAGUUGACUUGCUUCUCUUCAAAAAAGUUGAGUAGGAGAGGAAGUUUUGAAUCUCCGCAAUGGAGAUAUAUUGUAUUGCACUUUGGCCAUCAUAUUAUUUGAAGUAAGUUUAGAAGUUAAAAGAAGCUGAAAUUGGAUGGUUUCGGAUGCUGUGAAGUUAAAGCUAAAAAUUGAGUUCUGAGCUUUUGAUGCUCAGAUUUUUCUCGGAGAGCCUAGCAACCAACUCUUUUGAAAAUAAAAUUCUUCAGUUUCUAAAAAAUGUUUAACUCACAAGUUAACACUCUUUAAAAUCUCUGGCUAAGCUGUAAAUAAAAGGAAUUAAGAAUUAUGAAACACUGCCAAUUUCUAGUUCGGUAGAAUUCAAAGGUUAAAGUGUGAAUAAUCUCAACUUUUUUUUAAAUAUUUUAAUUAUCAAUUUGCAAUGGCUGCUGAUAAAAGUUGCUCCCUUCAAAAUAGCCCACAAAGCAAUUGUUUGGUUUUAUCAUACUACCUCGAACUCUUCCUCAAGCAUUUUCAAAGGAAGAAGGCUUUAUAUUUCAUACAAUGACCCAUUUUCAUCUCACUAUUGAGAUCACGUUAUAAAAUUUUUACAAUUUUGUUAAGCCUAAACUGUGACAUUAGUCGAUGAGCGUGGUAAAACUUCAACAUUUUGUAUAAUGGUCAGGAACACACUGAACUAUACGCAAAAUUUUACUUAUACAUAUAAAGAAAAACCAAUCAAAUUGAAUUUCAUGAAAAAUUAAGGAACAUUCAAGUACCUAUAUGGCUCUUCCUUGCGUGUCUAAAAAUAUUCUCUAAAAGUGUAAUGCCAAAGUAUUUGUUAGUUUUUUUUUGUUUUGAAAAUUGAAAUAAAAGCAACAAUUUUGAAACACUGCA